AUCUCACCAUUAGUUUUAAUACUAUUUUAACUUUACAAAAUGGCAUCUUUUUUGAACUUGCAGUUGUAGAUUGCACAAAAAGACUCUACUAAAAAACAAUGGCAGUUAAAAGGAUUAACAUAAAAAUAAAGAAUAAGGAUACAGCUUCUAUUCAAUGCUUUUUUGCAUUGGAUAUCCCAUGUUGUGUCCGAAUCAUGCUGUGUACUGUGCAAAAAAAGCACACAAAUUUCACCCAAAAAAUAAAACUUAAAACUUAAUAGAACAAUACUUUAAAACAUAUUUUUUUUUGAAAGAUAUAAAUUUAUAAUUUUUAUUCCUAGUAAAACUUACUCGGAAAAAAAAUAGGAACAGCACGUGUGAAGGGCAGGUAAGCUCGCGCGUGAGCCUUGUCCCCUUACAAAGUCCUCAGUAGAAUUAAAGAAUCAUCUCUCUCUUUCUCUCUCUCUCUCUCUCUCUGAAGUCACAGAAUCAAGGUCUAAUUCUAGGGAGCUGCCACCGUGAAUCUGAGUCAGACUGGUCAGACUUUUGGGUCAUCAUCAUUUCAUCAUUUGAGCUUGUUGUAGGCAUAUUGGUCUUCGGAGCUGAAAAAAUUGUUGGAUAAUGGCUGAAUUGAUGGGGCCACGAUUGUACAGCUGUUGUAAUUGUCGGAACCAUGUUUCACUUCAUGAUGAUAUAAUUUCCAAGGCUUUUCAGGGAAGAAAUGGCCGAGCUUUUUUGUUCUCCCAUGCAAUGAACAUUGUGAUAGGGCCAAAAGAAGAUAGGCAUCUCAUGACUGGUCUCCACACUGUAGCUGAUAUCUAUUGUGCUGAUUGCCAUGAGGUGUUGGGUUGGAAGUAUGAAAGAGCUUAUGAGGCAACACAGAAGUACAAGGAAGGAAAGUUCAUAUUGGAGAAAUCGAAGAUUGUUAAGGAGAACUGGUAGCAUUUUGUUAGGGGGUCCUCAUCCCAUUCCUUCCAGCACUGAUGUUUACUUUCUAGCGGUACAUGAAGUUCAUCUUGUACAGGAAGCUCUCACCCAUUUGCAAAUGUCAUUGUUUCUCAUUGUUCAUUCGUGCGAUGUGCUUAUCUCUGGAAUUUGUAAUUUGAAUAUUCAAAUUCUGUGUUAAUAAAAUCACGGUAUUGUUCAA